UGAAGUAUCUCUUGCUUGACGCGGAGUGAAAUACAGUAGCAUCCCGCAUCCCCGGGCUUGACAGGCUACAUUUGACGAAUUUCACGUUUAACCGGAUCUUACAGUUGGCUGGUUAUCACCAUGGGGGAACUGUUCCGGAGUGAAGAGAUGACCCUGGCCCAGCUGUUUCUCCAGUCAGAGGCAGCUUACUGCUGUGUCAGUGAACUGGGAGAACUUGGCAUGGUCCAGUUUAGAGAUCUUAAUCCAGACGUGAAUGUGUUCCAGCGCAAGUUUGUGAAUGAAGUGAGGAGAUGUGAGGAGAUGGACAGAAAACUAAGGUUUGUAGAGAAGGAGAUCAAGAAAGCCAACAUUCCUACUGUUGACACUGGAGAAAAUCCCGAGGUCCCUUUUCCAAGGGAUAUGAUUGAUCUGGAGGCUACCUUUGAGAAGUUGGAGAAUGAAUUGAAGGAGAUCAAUACCAACCAGGAAGCCCUGAAGAAGAAUUUCCUGGAGCUAACAGAACUCAAACACAUUCUUCGUCGAACACAGCAGUUCUUUGAUGAGAUGGAGGAUCCGAACUUGCUGGAAGAGUCAUCAGCCCUGAUGGAAGGCAACGAGGGGGGCAGAGGGGCUCCCCUCAGAUUGGGAUUUGUGGCCGGUGUGAUCAGCAGAGAGAGGAUUCCAACUUUUGAGAGAAUGCUGUGGCGAGUGUGCCGCGGUAAUGUUUUCUUACGUAAGGCCGAGAUCGAGGAUCCACUGGAAGACCCUACUACCGGAGACCAAGUCCACAAAUCAGUCUUCAUCAUUUUCUUCCAAGGUGAUCAGUUGAAGAACAGAGUGAAGAAGAUUUGUGAAGGGUUCCGUGCUUCGCUCUACCCCUGUCCGGAAACUCCACAAGAGAGGAAAGAGAUGUUGGCUGGGGUCAACAGCCGUAUCGACGAUCUCCAAAUGGUUUUGAACCAGACUGAGGACCACCGCCAGAGAGUGUUACAGGCUGCCUCCAAGACUAUGCGAGUUUGGUUCAUCAAGGUUCGAAAGAUGAAAGCCAUCUACCACACUCUGAACCUGUGCAACAUUGACGUGACCCAGAAAUGUCUGAUUGCUGAGGUGUGGUGUCCCGUCUCAGAUCUGGACUCCAUCCAGUUUGCCCUACGUAGAGGAACGGAGCGAAGCGGUUCAACUGUGCCGUCAAUCCUCAACAGAAUGCAGACCAAGCAGACUCCGCCCACUUUUAACAAGACAAACAAGUUCACCUCCGGCUUUCAGAACAUUGUGGAUGCCUAUGGCAUUGGAAACUACAGGGAAAUCAAUCCAGCUCAAUACACCAUCAUCACCUUCCCUUUUCUGUUUGCUGUCAUGUUUGGUGACAUGGGUCAUGGCCUUCUGAUGACCUGCACUGCUCUCUAUUUAGUCAUUCGAGAAAGUCGCCUCCUUGCACAGAAGAGUGACAAUGAGAUGUUCAAUAUGGUGUUUGCUGGUCGCUACAUCAUCUUGCUCAUGGGGAUCUUCUCCAUCUACACAGGCAUCAUUUAUAAUGAUUGCUUCUCCAAAUCACUUAACAUGUUUGGUUCUGGAUGGAGUGUGAGGCCCAUGUUUGGACCCAAAGGAGCCAAUUGGUCAUUUGAAACACUUGAAGGAAACGCAGUGCUCCAGUUGGACCCAGCAAUUCCUGGCGUGUUCAAUGGCCCUUAUCCUCUAGGAAUUGACCCGAUCUGGAACGUUGCCACCAACAAACUGACGUUCCUCAACUCGUUUAAAAUGAAGAUGUCUGUCAUCCUCGGUGUCAUCCACAUGCUGUUUGGAGUAACUCUCAGUCUUUUUAACCAUCUGUACUUCAAGAAGCCUCUCAACAUCUUCCUGGGCUUCAUCCCCGAGAUUGUCUUCAUGUCCAGCCUGUUUGGUUACCUGGUCCUGCUGGUCUUCUACAAGUGGAUGGCUUAUGAUGCAUUCACAUCAAAAGAUGCUCCGAGCCUGCUCAUCCACUUUAUCAACAUGUGCCUCUUCAAUUACAGUGACCCCACUACCAAAUCCCUCUAUGCGGGACAGAUGGGGAUCCAGGUUUUGUUGGUGCUCAUUGCCCUUGCAUGUGUACCCUGUAUGCUGGUUGUGAAAACUAUGGUGCUUCGGCGUCAGCACCUGUGGAAAAAGCACCUGUCACAGAAGAGGCAAGAAACCCCUGCAGAGAAUCUAGAGCAAUCUUUAGAGCGAACAGGCGUGUCCUCAUCAUGCACCGGACUCACCCAACAGGGCACACAGAAGUUUGGAGGGGUGCGGGUGGGCAACGGGCCCACGGAGGAUGAGGCUGGCAUCAUGGACCACGACCAGCUCUCCCAGCACUCAGAUGAAGGUGAUGAGCAUGCGGAGGAAGAACCGUUUGACUUUGGUGAUUUGGCUGUCCAUCAGGCCAUCCACACCAUAGAGUACUGUCUAGGAUGCAUUUCCAACACGGCAUCUUAUCUCCGUCUGUGGGCCCUCAGCCUGGCUCAUGCCCAGCUGUCAGAGGUGCUCUGGUCCAUGGUAAUGCACCUUGGUUUGUCUUCCCGGAGUGGUGGAGGGUUUUUUGGCCUCACAAUCAUCUUCGCAGCAUUUGCUACCCUCACGGUUGCCAUUCUGCUCAUCAUGGAGGGGCUGUCUGCCUUUUUGCAUGCCCUGCGUCUUCACUGGGUGGAGUUCCAGAACAAGUUCUAUUCGGGCCAGGGUUUCAAAUUUGUCCCCUUUUCAUUUGAGAGCAUCCUGGAUGGAAGAUUUGAUGAAUGACCUUUUGGAGUCCUGAGUCUUCUCUUUUUUUCCUGUUGGUGUGUGAGUGCACACGAACCCUCCUGCAAAUCUCUGCAUCCCUCUAGUGGCAUUCCUAAUCCCCUCCAAAAUAGUUGUGUUGUUUGUGGUAUUAGUAUACAUGUAUACAGCAUUGUAAAAGGUUUCCAAUGCGACAUACUGUAACCCGUCAUGCUUGCUGGUUUAAUGUCACCCCCCCUCCCUUUUUGAUGGCUUCAGUAUGGGUGUUUAAGGCUUCGCCAUUACAAUAAGGUGUAAUUUCCUGUUGUGAGUCUGAAUUCUCCAUGUUUUGAAUGGUACAAGAGCAACAUGUCUGUACAGUUUUGAAAAUCUAAGCUCUGGAAACAAUUUUGUCAUAUCCACUUCAUUCAUGGAAAUAACCAAGACCAUCAUGCACCUGAAAAUACACAACCAGGCUGACUAUUUACUGUAACCCUGAGUGCCAUUGGAAUGAAAAUGAUCAGUACAAGGAAAUGUAGUGAGAAUGUGAAGGGGUAAUAUUGUAUUGUAUGGAUUGCACCAGUCACUGGGAAAAAAAAUACCAGAUGAAAAAUGAAAUUUAUUCUUCACAUUUGUGAGAAAAAAAGUUUAAGGAGAGGGUCUUACUUGCAGAAUGAUACUUUUAAUAUUUACAGUAUGUCAGGCUUUAAUUGCAGUAUUGAUGGAAAGCUAUGUGGAAAGCCGCAUCCUUUCAUCCAUCCAUUCAUCCAUCCAUUUUCUUUGCCGCUUAUCCUCACAAAGGUUGCAGGGGGAAAGCCGCAUCAUUAUUUUAAUAUUAUUUUCCUACAAAAUUUAUGAAGAGACAAUCAGUAAACUAAGUACAGUAAUUCCACACAGUAUUGUUAUUCUGAGAUGAUCAAAUAGCUACAGUACCUUUGGCAAGACUGACUAAUACCUGGUGUCUCCUGCAUGUCUUUUGUGUAAAUUGUGGGUCAUAGAUUGUCUUUAUAAUAUCAAAUGAUCACAUUGUGAUCAUCUGUGAGGUGUGAAAUAAAAUGUACGAAUAUGAAAAAGAAUUCCAACACCCACUAAUGAUGUUGUACAUUCCAUCGAAGUAGACAGGAAGAAACAAAAAUCAUUGCAUUUACUGUAUAAAUGCAAUGAAUGUAAUUUUAUUGUAUUGCUGUCAUUUCAUAGCGUGAACAAUUCUGUUCAACUGCAGUUGCCUCUCAAUGACGUACCUAAAUGAAAACUAUA